UAUCUCAAUUCUCCUCCAUUCUUGUCUCUCACCCCAGUUCUUCGUUAAACCCUAUAUAACCCCCGAUUACCAGCCGGUACGUCGCUGGCACCGACCCUCGCACGAAUUUGAGACCACCUCGUUUCCCACAUAGGAGGGAGCCAUGAAUCCUUCUCUCCUUACGAACCCUCCUUCAUGUACCUCGCAUCGCCCACUUCUCUUUUAUAAUUUCCUCAAUCCGUCGUUCUCCAACACCAUUAACCGGCGCUGUUUCAGAGUCUCCGUCCCCCGAAGCUCCUCGUCAGACCAACCAUCAUCCUCCACUUCCCUAUCCACUGACUCCACGUCUCCUUCUACCCAUGACAUAUUUGGAGGCAAGAAGGAGCUCACGGGGAUCCAGCCAGUGGUGGAGAAACUGUCGCCGCCGCUCAGAUUAGCGACCUCUGCCAUCAUUCUAGCUGGAGCUAUUGCUGCCGGAUAUGGGCUGGGGUCUCGGUUUGGUAAGAACCGAAAUGCUGCUUUGGGUGGUGCUGCCGUGGUUGGUGUGGCUGGAGGUACCAUGGUUUAUGCCUUGAGUACAGCUGUGCCGGAGGUUGCGGCCACAGAGUUACAUAAUUACGUGGCUGAUUGCGACGAUCCUGGUGCUGUUAAGAAGGAGUAUAUCAAUGGAAUUGCUAGAAAAUACGGUGUGAGCAAGCAAGAUGAGGCAUUUAACAUGGAGCUUUGUGAUAUAUACUGUCGGUUUGUGUCUUCUGUCCUUCCUCCGGGAAAUGAAGAUCUUAAAGGCCAUGAAGUUGAAACGAUAAUUAACUUCAAAACUGCUUUAGGCAUCGAUGACCCUGAUGCAGCUGCCAUGCACAUGGAGAUUGGUAGGAGAAUAUUCAGACAAAGGCUUGAAGUUGGAGAUCGUGAUGGUGACAAGGAGCAGCGUCAGGCGUUUCAGAAGCUAAUCUAUGUAUCAACUCUUGUCUUUGGAGAAGCAUCAUCAUUCCUUUUACCUUGGAAACGAGUUUUCAAGGUCACAGACUCCCAGGUUGAAAUUGCUAUUCGUGAUAAUGCUCAGCUCUUAUAUGCUUCCAAGUUGAAAUCAGUUGGGAGAGGUGUUAAUGCGGAACAGCUCGUUAAUCUUAGGCAAGCACAACUUUUAUAUAGGCUUUCUAACGAGCUGGCGGAGGACUUGUUCAGGGAGCAUACAAGAAAACUGGCUGAGGAAAAUAUAACAGCUGCACUUAUUAUUCUGAAGUCUAGGACAAGAACUGUCAGGGGAGUCACACAAGUUGUGGAAGAGCUUGAUAAGAUAUUGACAUUCAAUAAUUCUCUUAUUGCAUUGAAGAACCAUCAAGAUACUGGUCACUUUGCUCUAGGGGUUGGUCCAAUUUCAUUAUUAGGUGGUGUGUAUGAUGGUGAUAAAAAGAUUGAUGACUUGAAGCUUCUCUACAGAGCUUAUAUUACAGAUGCUUUAUCAGGUGGUCGUAUGGAGGAAAAUAAGCCUUUUGCAUUGAGCCAAUUAAGGAAUAUAUUUGGUUUGGGUAAGCGCGAGGCAGAAGCCAUUACGCUUGAUGUUACAUCAAAGGUGUAUCGUAAAAGGCUCGCCCAAGCUGUUUCUGGUGGUGAUCUAGAGGCGGCAGAUAGCAAGGCAGCCUUCCUCCAAAAGCUCUGUGAUGAGUUACACUUUGAUCCACAGAAGGCCAGUGAGGUUCAUGAAGAAAUUUAUCGCCAGAAGCUUCAGCGAUGUGUUGCUGAUGGGGAGCUCAGUGAUGAACAUGUUGCUGCUUUGCUGAGGUUGCGCGUCAUGCUAUGUAUUCCUCAGCAAACUGUUGAAGCUGCUCACUCCGAUAUUUGUGGCAGUUUGUUUGAGAAGGUGGUGAAGGAUGCUAUUGCUUCAGGUGUUGAUGGCUAUGAUGCUGAUGUUAAGAAGGCUGUGAGGAAGGCUGCACAUGGAUUGCGAUUGACACGGGAGGCUGCCAUGUCUAUUGCUAGCAAGGCAGUUCGUAGGAUUUUCAUGAAUUAUAUUAGACAAGCACGGGCAGCAGAGAACCGUACCCAGGCUGCAAAAACACUGAAGCAGUUAAUAGCUUUCAACAACUUAGUUGUGACUGACUUGGUGGCAGAUAUAAAAGGGGAAUCAACUGAUACAGAUACUUCAAGAGAGGAGUCUAUCAAGGAGGAAAAAGAACAAAUUGAAGUGGAUGAAGAAUGGGAGUCCCUUGAGACUAUUAGGAAAAUAAAACCAGACAAAGAUCUUGCUGCCAGGAUGGGAAGGCCUGGCCAGACAGAGAUAACUCUCAAAGAGGAUCUCCCUGAAAGAGAUAGGACCGACCUUUACAAGACAUAUUUGCUUUAUUGUCUGACAGGUGAAGUGACCAGGAUCCCAUUUGGUGCACAGAUUACUACAAAAAAAGAUGAUUCAGAAUACAUUUAUCUAAAUCAGCUUGGUGGGAUCCUGGGUUUGACCACUAAAGAGAUAGUUGAUGUUCAUAGGACUCUUGCUGAGCAGGCUUUCCGCCAACAAGCUGAGAUCCUUUUAGCUGAUGGACAAUUGACAAGAGCCAGGAUUGAGCAGCUUAAUGAAGUGCAGAAGCAAGUAGGCUUGCCUCCUGAGUAUGCACAAAAGGUUAUAAAGAGCAUAACGACGACAAAAAUGGCAGCUGCCCUUGAAACAGCAGUCGGUGAAGGGAGACUGAAUAUAAAGCAGAUUAGAGAACUAAAAGAAGCAGGUGUGGAUUUAGACAACAUGAUAUCUGGGAGCUUGCGAGAGAACCUCUACAAAAAAACUGUAGAUGACAUUUUCUCAUCAGGCACCGGAGAGUUUGACGAGGAGGAAGUCUAUGAUAAAAUCCCAUCAGAUCUCAACAUCAGUGCCGAUAAGGCAAAAAGGAUUGUCCACGACCUUGCGAGAAGUAGAUUAUCGAACUCACUGAUUCAGGCUGUUGCACUACUAAGGCAGAGAAACCAUAAGGGGGUGGUCUCAUCUCUUAACGACUUGUUGGCUUGUGACAAAGCUGUUCCUUCUGAGCCAUUGUCAUGGGAUGUUUCAGAAGAAGUUGCCGAUCUAUAUACAAUGUACAUGAAAAGUGAUCCAGUUCCUGAAAAACUGUCACGGUUGCAAAAUCUCCUUGGCAUAAGCAAUUCAACAGCUGCUGCUUUACAAGAGAUUGGAGAUAGAGUAAUUUCAGUAGGAGCAGAGGAAGAAAACUUUGUAUUCUGAUCAAUUUGUUGUGUUUAGAUACAGAAACCAGGGCAAGGAACUCACUUGGUCGGCCUCUACAGUAUCGGCUCCAUUUUUCCAAGAGGGGAAAAAACAAAAAACAAGUUUGAGAUGAUGCAACUCUUAAAUCGCUUCAAUUGCCAAAUAUAUGUGUAGCACAUUCAGCUGUCCAAGGACAUUCUGUUGGGUGUGCUCAUCUUUGGUAAAAUAGUUGGCUUGUUUUAAGUGAUUUAUUCGAAUUUGGACAAACCCUAUUUUAUUAAUUCAAAAUCCACGAGGCAGUGGCUUCAAUUCAGCUUGAGAAA